CUGACAUUCUCAAAAAUUCAGAAAAAUUAGAUAAUCCAGAAUUAAAUGAUAAUUUCGAUAUUUUAGCAACAUACUAUAGUGAAAUUUCUUGUGAUAAUACUGGUUGUUUAUUAAAAGAUUGGAAUUUUUAUAUGUGUUAUCAAUUUGAUAAAGAUGAACGAAACGUGUGCAUGCUUCCUGAAGAAGAUGAAAUAAAUACAAAUAUAUUUGAUACAGCAAAUUUUGCAUUAAUUGUGAUAGUUGAUUAUAUGCAAGGAUUUUUUAAAAUAAGAAGACUUCAAAAUAAAAUCCCACCACCAAAUCCACAACAACCAAAUGAACAAGAUCUUAUAUAUAUUACAGAUCUGAAUAGUUAUUUCUUAGGCCAACAAUUUUCAUUUAAUGCAGAUCAAACAG